CAUAGGCGUAACGGCGGGGGUGGGGCCGCGGUCGCGCUGUCUCCUUUUCCUGUUUCCGGUUGGCCAGGGAAUCUCCUGGCCUCGCGGCUGCUGGUUGUGGAGUCGCCGUUGGAGCCGGCGAGGCAGCGCGAGGAGGGGGUUUCCCCAAUUGGAUGGUAGAAAAGAUGUUUGAUAUCAAAGCGUGGGCUGAAUAUGUUGUGGAAUGGGCUGCGAAGGACCCAUAUGGCUUUCUUACCACUGUGAUCUUGGCUCUUACACCAUUGUUCCUAGCAAGUGCAGUGCUAUCAUGGAAACUGGCAAAAAUGAUUGAGGCCAGGGAGCGAGAGCAAAAGAAGAAACAGAAACGCCAGGAAAAUAUUGCAAAAGCCAAACGAACAAAGAGAGAUUAAGCGAGGCAAAAUGCCUUCCUUGUGCAAAUAAGUGCUUUUGUUGAAGCAUUCUUGUACACUUAUAUCUUUGUGUGGUGUUGUCUUCCUCCAACAAUCUUCUUGAACUGACAUUUCAACCCCUGAAAUGUUCUGCUUAAACAAUUUGUGUUGAUAUCUCUGUCUAAUCUGCAAUGGCAUUUGAUGUGUAUAUUUCAACCAGAUAUCACUUUCCAAUGAGUUUACUUUUGUAUGUUUACAUGCCAUACACUAAAAUGAAUGCAUUGGUGGGG